CGUUAUUUCGUAAAAAAAAGUCAAUAUCGGUUUUGACAGUUCUUUGCUAUUAUGUUCCGCCAAUUCCAUGUGUGAUAAUAUUUUAGUUUUUUUAAGGUUUGCUUGUAGUUUUAUUUCUCCGAUGAGUUUUCUAAACACAGCAAAGUCUUCUUUCUUCGCCCGACUCGGCUAUCAUGGACAAUCGCGGUUUGGCUGGUAAUCACAUGAAACUUCACAACUCUACAACCGACUUCGACUCAGUGCACUCAAACGACGUUAUCAAAUUGAUGGCUAUUGGUAAUCACAAUUUAAAUGAGUCAGGCUGCGAAGGAAGUCAUAAAGAAAGUGACUGCUAUGGAGAUUCACAGCACCACAGUUUUGUUAAAGUCAUUCCUGUGGAGUAUACUAAGCAAAAGUUUCCUAGUAUGGCUUAUUCAACUCAAAAUAUUUUAAGUCAAGAAGAUGCAAGGAACUAUCCUACAUUGUUAACUGAAAAGGAUCAAUCCGAAAUGUCUAGUAUUGCCUCUGUUUCAACUCUAUCUAGUCAUGUUAUGAAUCGUGCAAUGUCAGGUGCCAGUGCAGCUAUUGUUGAUAAACCACCUCAUCGUAUACCAAAUGGUCAAUUGUGUGUUUUCCUUAGUAAUGGAACCUGUGUUUGUAUUGAUGUUGAACAUGGUGUCAACACCAACUCUGCAACAAUUUUAAAAACAUUGAUGGAAGCUGAAGAACUACGAUUACCUCCGGUUGCUCUAAACGUCUUUGCAUUGUGGAUGAUUUCACCAGAAUUAGAAGUGCAACUGAAACCCCAUCACAAGCCUAUCAAGAUUUAUUCCGAAUGGGGACAACUUGUAAAGAAGUUUACUAAAUACGAUGGAAAUCCUGUGUUACCUGAGCCCACACUUCAUUUGAGACGAAACGUAUUCUACCCCAGAAGUGACGAAAUGCGAAUAAGAGAUUCAGGAAUCAUCGAACUGUUGUAUUGUGAAGCCAAAAAUAAUGUCCUAGUUGGGCGUUAUCCAUGUGAUCUCCCGGAAACUUUCCUUCUUGGUAGUUUCGUGGCGAGAGUCAACUUGGGAAAUUUUAUUCCUCAUCAGCACACACCAAUGUUCUUCAGGAGCCGAUUGCGAGACUAUUUGCCAUGCUACGCAUGUGUCAAGUCAACUCCGUGGUCAUUGGUCUGGCCAUUGUCCAAAUUGCAGCGUCCAGACAAAACUGCACCAGAAUCACUAUUAGUCGAGCAGCUCAAAAAACUUCCUAAUAACAUUCCUAGCCAGAGAUUGAUGCUGAAUUAUUUGAAACGCUGUUGGGCAAGACCCUACUACGGAGCUGCUUUUUUCUGCGGCCAAAUCGAAGAGCGCCGUACCUCUCACAUGUCUUCAUGGUUCACUGCAGGCGACCUCGAAAUUCAGGUGGCUGUCAGUUCGGUGGGAGUGUAUCUGGUUGAGCAGCACGAAGGGACUGUCCUUCUCGGUUUGAAAUAUGGUGAAUUCAUUUGGGAUUGCGCAUUGCCGUAUCGCCUCGACGAUCCAGAUUGCUUUCCUUGCAUUUUUCUGCAAUUUGCGUCCCCACCGUCGAGUCCUCGCGACGGCAACGACACUUGCAUCAUUCAGAUAUUCUCCAAACAGGCUGUCAUGGUGAACGCGUUAAUAGCCUAUUACACCAACAGGCAAAGGAGGAACUCUACCGCCGCUGCAAACGCCUCCACCGAUGAAAUCGAUGGAGGUAUCCAUGGAGAACAGGAUUUAGACGAUGUGAUGGCUCCGCUAACCAACCCAGCGCAAACCGGGUUACACGAUUCUUGUCUGACCAACAAGCUCCAUCGGCUCUCGUUGGCAACUUUUGAUGACGAAGGACGCUGCCUUAUAUCGACGGGGUCCUUGGCGGUAAUCAGGUAAUCUGUCAACAGCAGUCUCACCGAGUUCACUGGACAUUUUGAUGUAUUCUACACUUGGAUUUGGUUUGGUGCUUUUUGUUUGUUUCGUUAUAAUUUCUAAACGUCGACGUUGUUCUGGUCGUUCCAGUCAUCUGCCCUAACGUUUAGGAGGCAUUUAAAACGUUAAUGUGGACGUCUUUUUUAUUUUUUGUUUUGAUCUCGAACAAUUUCGGGUAGGCAGACUUUAUAUAGAUAUUAUAAAAUGGUAUAAGAAAGAAAAAAAAGCUAAAUUAUAUAACAACGCGUUUGUCGAUUCCUACCGAAAACAACCUACGGCAUUGUUUACGCAAAUUUCUUUUAUUGAUGAUUUUAAAAAUCCUUACACCAACACGUUUGAAAUUCAUCCGAUAUACCAAGUGCAAAUUUUCUUUAGUUUUAAUUCUGUUGUGUGACGCCAUGUCGACCGAUGUAAUUCCUAUUCCCAAUUAGAUUAGCGUGUAUGCGAUAUUGUUUAACCUUUUCACCUUAUGAUACGACGUGACCAAACCACCAAAGGGAACCGAUCUCAACCGUAAAAAAAAAAAACAAACCACAGGAAUAAAAGGGAAAGUUUAAAGAAAAAUAAUGAUUAAAAAAACAGCUGUACGAUUAUUUAUAUUGUAGAAGAAUGGCACUUGCUUGGUUUGUGCUUCUUCAUUUUUAAAUUUCUCGUGGUCAUCAAUACACGAAUCACACUACAUUAA